AUGGACACCAACGGGUUUACUAGUUCGUCGAAUGAUGUAGAAGAGGAAGGCGAAGUAAGGCAAGAGGAACCAAAGGGUAUUGCUGAGUCUGUUGGGGUUAAUCCACCAUUGCAUAUGGAAAAUGAGGCCAUGGUUGAGGAAGUCAAAGCUGGUGCUUUAAACUGGACAGAGGAUCCAAGGACAAAUUCAUUGAAAAUGACCAGUGAGUCCAUAAAUGAACCGACUGAUGCUGUUUUUUUGGAUGGCACUGAUGAUCAGAAGACUUGUUCAUCAUCAAUUGCUGAAAAUGAGUCUUCAGAUGAGCAGUUGGAUGUAGGUUCUACUCCUGAAGCAAACUGCAGGAGAACGAAUUCAUUGCAUACCUUAUCAGUUGUAGAGAGUUCUCAGUCGAAAGAGUUGAGUGCCAGUUUGUCACCUCGGGUGAAAAGGGGCUUGGGCCACUGCAUCACUGCGCCUGUGGCCACUCGCCAAAACCUCUUCCUUGAUAGCCAUGAUAUUGCAUUUUCUCGGUCAAUGACUGAGAAGAGGGAGAGUCCAAGGCAUGACCUAAAAUUGGAUAGACUGUCAGAGCGUGAGAAGGCCUUAUCCAUGAGGGUCCCCCUCGAGGCCACAGGCUUACCGUCGAACUUCAGCUAUAUCCAUUCGCUUAUGUGGUGGAGUUGGACUUAUAGGCUCGCCAAGGUUGUCCCAGACUUUUGCGGUGCUAUUUUUGUCCCUUUUGGUCAAGGAUCCAUUUUAACCACUUCUUUGGUGAGGAGGGUGUGCCUUGCUUCUUUGCAGUGGAUACCCUCUUCGUGGUCACAGAUAAAACUCAUUGAGAAGCUAGUAAAGAUCCAAAAUGAUGGGACUGUCAAGGUUGAUCUAACUAAGAGUGCACCAGUAGCUUCAGAAUUGUUAGAACUUCAUUCUGUUGAAAGGGCACCUUCAAAUAUCGAUUACGUCACCACUGAUUUGAACAAGUCAAUUCCGAGACUGAAAAUUGCAAUGCUUGUGGUUGGAACAAGAGGAGAUGUUCAGCCUUUUCUUGCUGUGGCAAAGAGACUUCAGGCACGUUUAAAACAAUUUUCUGAGUUUGGUCAUCAUGUUAGGUUGGCUACUCAUGCUAACUUCCGUAGUUUUGUGAAGUCGGAUGGUAUAGACUUUUAUCCUUUGGGCGGUGAUCCUCGGGUUUUGGCAGGAUAUAUGGCCAGGAAUAAAGGUUUCAUUUCAUCUGCACCGGGAGAAAUAUCUAUACAAAGAAAACAACUAAAGGCUAUUAUUGAAUCACUUCUUCCAGCGUGCAUAGAACCUGAUAUGGAAACUGGUGAGCCUUUUAGGGCUCAGGCUAUUAUUGCAAAUCCUCCUGCUUAUGGACAUGCACAUGUUGCUGAAUCGCUUGGUGUACCCCUUCACAUCUUCUUCACAAUGCCUUGGACAUGCUGCAAUAUUUCCAUAACCCCUGCCCACCACAAUCUAUCAUCAUAUUAA